AUGCAGGCCGUAACCCUCCCACCUUUAAGUCGAGGCGAAUUGUCACCCGUCUCGACUGCCGGCAGUGAAUGGUCCGGAGUCAAUGCAUACAAUCAAAUCCCCAGGAAUGAAGCUCCUCUGAAUACCUACUCAUUACCGAAAGACGACUUUGGUCCGAACAAAGCACUCCCAGCCCUUCGCUCACCGCCCUUCAAUGGACCUCCCAGUUUUGGUGGGCAGGGCCAACUCGAGCCUUUGGGCCAGCGACGGCCCUCUGACUCGGGAUCGAGAGGUUCAUCUCGCGCGGCGUCCAUAGCGAACUCGCGCUCGAGCGAUGGCACGAUAUCCGAUCAACAAAGUAGAAAGUAUAAAAAGAUGGAGAUUGAAUUGUUCCAACAUUACACCGUUCUCAAAGGCUAUCUGCGAGGUGGUUCGCAAGCACCUCCACGUCCGAACAAAGCCAGAGACAAACUACUCCGACUCUCACCCGUUCAAUUCCAUGAGCUCAGCACCGAUGUCUUCGAUGAAUUGCAGCGGAGACAAGCCGGUGCCACUAUUCCAGGAAGACCUCCCCGCCAGAUGAACAUUCCCAACUUUCUCCAACCCCGAUCAGAUUUCCACGAAAAACGAAACCAAGCCCGUCAAAAGUUAUCAUCCUUGCAGGUACCGCGCUUCAAAGAUCUCUCCACAGAUGUCUUUUGCGAGCUCGAAAGGAGAUUCCCUCAAUUUGCAUCUCGACCCGACACGGGGAACCGGCCUGGUAGCCGUUCACGUUCUCGAGGUCCUGGAAGUGUUUCAUCUAACAAUGGUCUUCCUGCUUUUCCUGCACCCCAAAGAGCCCAAACUUUUGGUCCUUCGGGGUCGCAAGGGUUUCAGAGACAAGACUCUAGUUCGAGCCUUCCACAAUUUGAGAAUCCUCUUCCUCCUAUGGAUUUUGGUCGACCGAUGGCUAAGCAGUUCCAAAGCAACACCAUCACUCCUAACAAGAGCACCAUGGUUGAGGACGAGGAUGAUACACAAGCAAGUGACUCUCGAUACGACCGCUCCAGUGACGCGUUUGGAUUGGAAAGCUCUCUCACAAGUCCAAGAAGUGACCGGGACACAUCAGCGACUUCUCAAAGCGGAGCGAGUAUACCUUACAACUCCAAAGUGAACCAAGCGAACAUGAUCGAGUUGCAAGAGAAGAUGUCCCAACUCGAAUCUACCAUGGACAUGAAGGAUCAGCAAAUCCGCGAGAUGACCUCAGAAAAAGCCGAAUGGGAAGCUGCCAAAGAAAAUGUGGAGAAGAAGUUGGAGGAAGCCCAAAACCUCAACAAGUCUCUACAACAAGAGAUAGAUAAACUCAAGGCCGAAACACCCCAUUACAGCGGAGAGAAUGUUCUUUGGAAAACAAAAUAUCUCAAACUAGAUCACGACCAUAGUAUUAUGCAAGAACAACUUGAUAAGCAGAGAAAUUUGACCGAUGAAGUGAGUCGACAAGGACAACUAUACCUACAAGAAAUGAGAGAUAUGGCGGAGUCGGGGACCGGGAGUUCGGAGCGUGAGGAAAGGCUCCAAGAACAGGUACACAAACUCGAGGAGGAAGUCAAAGAAUGGAAAGGGCGAUACGUCAAGACCAAGACACAACUCCGGAGCGUUCGUGCAAGUUCGAUAGGGCUCACGAUCUCCCGGGCUGACGCUGCUCGACAUGGGGCAGGUCUGCAAGAUCAAGAGGGCUUGGUCAAGGAUGUCCACGUCACCAAGUUCCAGAUUGCGAUUGACGAGCUACUUCGGAUCGCUCGAUCGGAGACACCUGCUGCUGUACUGGACCAUAUGAAGGUAGUGGUCUUGGCCGUACGGGGUAUCACAUCUGACAUAGAUGCUGCACCUCCGUCGGAUAAGGAUGACGAGGUGUCAAAACGAAGGGCGAAGAUGAAGAGCAAAGUGUCAGCUACAGCCAACAACCUCAUCACGGCGUCGAAGAAUUUUGCCUCAGCCCAGGGCCUCUCCCCUAUCAGUCUUGUGGAUGCAGCUGCCUCUCAUCUGACAGCUGCUGUGGUGGAUCUUCUCCAUACUGUCAAGAUUCGACCAACGCCUGCAGGAGAACUUGAAGAUGAUGACGAGCCUAGUCUGGAGCCUUUGCAGAGCAAUGGAUAUUUCAAUGUCGUCGAGUCCCUUCGACGAAGAAGUGCGGUGGAGAGCGUUUACAGCGCGUUGAGCACUCCUUCGGAAGCAAGGACGGGCAGCAACCUGGCAAGUUCAGGUCUUUACCAGCGUGGAGGUUCGGCAUAUAUCAAUGGUGCCGGACUAGGGAUCAAACCUGGAGCUGGAUAUGGUACAAGCCAAGAGGAGGCUGAUCUUGAAGACCUCAAGAUGUACCUCGAGGAUCAGACAGAUGGGCUAGUACAAUCCAUUACUUCUAUGGUCGAUGCGAUACGUGGCGACCAAGGGACAGGGACCAUCCAAAAUCAUAUCACGACAAUUGCAGGUACAAUUGAGAAUAUUGUGCGUUCGGUGGAACGAACAGGAGGAGAACCGACAUCAUAUAAAGCAUCGUUGGCUGACAAGACCGGGUCCAUCAUUCAAUUGCUUCAAGACUGUCGUAGCAACAUCCUGGGAAUCAACUUGUCGGAUGGCCGAGAGGCAACGCAGAAACUACCACCGUUGGCAUUCCAGGUUGCACGCGAGACUAAGGAACUCGUGUCACGGGUAAUGGCCAUUGAGGCCCGACGGGAGGAAGAUUUUAGCUGA